AUGGCUUCAAAGGAGCUUCAUCCAUCUUUAAUAUUUGCCCAGAGUGAAUAUAAGUUUGUUAAGCAGAUUAUGGGAGUACUUUUGGUUGCUGUUCUUAGACUACAAGAAGCUCAAUUCCCUUUAGUUCAAUACAUUACACGAGAGCUUUUAACAUGCUUAAUAAUGGAACAUGUAAUGAGACUCGCAAGCCCCGAGCGUAUUAAUGAGUUGAUUGAGGGUAUUUGUCUUGCUACCAAUAAGGGGGAGAAAGAAACAGUUGAUGAUCAGUCCAAUUUAUCAGAGCCAACUGAUGUAAUUCUCCUAGAUAUAUUUGGAAGAUCGAAUGAACCAACAUAUUCUGAAACUGCCCUGCUUCCCCUGGUCUCGUCUUCUAUACUUGACCUUAUUUCUCUUCUUAUCUGGAUUCCUAAAAUAGAGAAGCUGGAAAUUGAAGGGAAAGGUUUCCAUACAAACUUAUAUGCAGUUCGUGGUAAUUAUAGUGGAGGAAAAGAGGGCGAAACAGGAAGGAUCAUCAAACAUAUGAUCAACCUAUUUGGGCUAGGAUUGUCGGUUGCUCCUUCUCCUGCUCCUCCUCUUCCCCCAUCAUUUUCUUCCAUUAUGCAAAGGCUAAGGAGCAUGUGGUAG